AUGUUCAAUUUCCACACCGUCUCGCCGGUGCUACUGCUGUUGUUCGGCGUCGCGACGCCCCAGGACGGCGGCACCACUUCAGAACAAUACAAUCUAAUUAUCGAAGUGUUCAACAACUGUUCGUGCGUGCAUUAUUACCAGUGCAACAACAACACUAUUAAUAGAAACGGGGCGAAUUUGAUAAACGUGCGGGCUGGCGGGGACGCCGGCGAAAACAAGCCGAUAGUUUGCCAAGGCGGAUCGUUCGAAGGCGAAUUCGUCUGCUGCGGCGCCCAAGACACCAGUAUGACCCGCAAAUCCGCCGACGGGGCUUCUUCUGACCAGCUGCGCGCGCCCGAGGACGUCGCGACGGAGAACCGGAUGGAGACGAAGCUCGCCUGCGGUGAACAGCGCACCAACAUCAACCCCAGGAUUCUGAUCAACGAUAGCGACGAGAUCGACGGCAACGCCGUCAAAGGGGAGUUCCCCUGGCUCGCGGCGAUUUACAGGAGGAAAGGGCGCGGCCGGUGGAAGUUCCACUCGAGCGGCACCUUGAUAAAUCCUCGCGUGAUAAUCACCUCCAAUCACUACUACAACGACGGGACGUCUCCGGAUAAAUACAUGGUGGUUAUGAACGGCGAAGUGGCGUUGUCGCGAUCGGUGGGCGACGCGGCGCACCAACGUAAGGUAGUGGAAAUCAUCAACCAUCCCAAUUACGAUCGAGAUGCUCUGUAUUACGACGUCGCCUUGCUGAUCCUCGAUCGACCGUUUUCGUCAAACAGCACCAAUUCGAUAAACUCCAUUUGCCUGCCACCCGACGACGCCGACGAGACCACCGGCCGGUGUCUGGUGGCCGGUUGGGGAAGAGGCUCCGAAGUCGCCGGCGUUCCGGUGCUCAAACGCGUGGAAGUGCCCCUGGUGGGCUUCGACCGGUGCCAGGAUCAAUUGAGGAAGACGAGGCUGGGGGGUUACUUCGAGUUGCACAAGUCGUUCGUUUGCGCCGGCGGCGAGAAGAAUCGAGACGCCUGCAUGGGCGACGGCGGGAGUCCGCUGAUGUGCUACGUGCCCGGCACGAGUCGCUUCUAUCAGGCGGGCAUCGUGGCUUGGGGCAUCGGGUGCGGCGCGGAGAACGUGCCCGGCGUGUACGCCAGCACCAGGUUCGUCAAGGGUUGGAUCGAUGAGAAGCUGGCCGGCAGGAAUUUGUAA